AUGCGUAUGAUUAAUGGCGGGGUGGCAGGAACUUGUCAGAUGAAAGUGUAAACACAACAAAAACCAGAACAGCAAAGAUCAUAAUGGAUGAACUAGACAGACAACAAGAUGAAGAAAGAAGAACCUUGAAAAUGAAAACUUCUACAAAAGCCCUAACACGGAAUGAUAAUAAAGUGAUAGGUCUAAAUACCAACAGGAAGAGAGAGCUGGUGAAGGAAAAUGAGAAAUAUGAUACGUUAAAAAUGAGGACAUACAAUAGUACAUGGACUCCUGUAGUCCAUAAGCCGUCAAAUCAUCAGAUAUUCAAUGAAAGGAGAGAUCUUGUUUCUCAUUGGUUUGACCUAUGGACAGACACCCAGAGGAAGAGAUUUUUUGACAUGGUGUUUCAGCAGUGUAGAAGGUCACAGUACAGAUUUAUACAGGACUGGUUCCAAGAGAAAGUCCCCCUCCAACAUCUAGACUUCACUACAGUACUUCCAGCAUUCUUGUCAAUGUAUAUAUUUUCUUACCUAGAGCCUAAGAGUUUGUGUAGAGCAGCUCAGGCGUGUUGGCACUGGAAAUUCCUUAGUGAACAGGAUGUAAUAUGGCAGCCAAAAUGUAUGAAGCUUGGAUGGUUUCUGAGGUAUAAGCCACCAGAUUGGGAAUUUGGAGCCUGGAAAAGACAUUUUGGUGGAUGUGUAAAGACAUUUGAUUAUUCUACAGGCUCUGACAAGGACAUUGAUGCAAGAUAUGGAUUUAGAACAGUAGAGAUGAACUUUGACAAACAGUAUACAAAGGUCAAAAGAAGCAAAUCAGGAAGACUAUCUCCAAACUCUAGUCGACGAAACAUGGAUGUACGACCUCCAUGGCAAGGAACCUCAAUGAAACCACAUGACCUUGAAAAAUCGUUCUAUGCAUUUCUUAACGGAGUUAAUGCUAAUGAUCCCAAACUGCCUAAAUCUGCAUUGGUGCUACACAAUAAAUGGGGGAUCCCAAGGAAACGUCAUGAAGAUGCUGUUACUCAAUCUCUUAACUUUGAACCAGGCUUGCAGUCAGUGACCAGAAGAGAAGGACACAGGGCUUUAACUGCUGGUGAUGAACUUGAUCUUAAACAUACAUCACAGAGACGAGGGUUAUCAGAAGUUAUGGACUUGGAGAACAUGCAAGAGAAACGAAAGAAAGAAUUGGUGUUUACAGGCUGGCAACCACCAGAGAAAGUUUAUACCAAACAAGACAGAACAGGGGGAGUUAUGGAUACAAUGAAUGCCAUGACAUUAUACAAAGGUCUGAUGGUUACACAACAUACAAUGGGUGUGGCUGGGGAUUUGGCUGUCACUGAUGCUCCUAGGGUGGUGUUUAUAUCAUCCAGAGUUCCUGCUGCCGAUUUGAUAGUGGAUGCUGUCCUGUUUGGAGUGAUACCUAUAGUAUAUGAAUAUGAGGGAACUACAGCACAAACUUUGAUGUUCAAAUUACAGAAAGAAUUAGAUGGGAGAAGAGCUAAGAGUAUAGGAAUAUUUACUCAUUAUGAACAGCCAGGAGAUAUAAAACUAGUGGAGAAUUGUUCUGUGAAUGCAGAGACUUUUGACCUUGCCAUUGUAAGAGAGUUCUUUGAAGAUGUUGCCAGUCACAUUGUAGAUGAGAGUGAUGGAGGACAGUUCCAUAUAUUCAGUCCAAUGGCUGCUUCUGAACCAGGAUUAGACCUGCUGAUUCAGCUGACCAGAUUGACCGGUGUAUUUUUCUCCAGUCCUACUGGUAUUAUUGGACAGUAUAAUCAUAUUAACACAGAGUGGCUUUUACCCUAUGCUGAAGGUUCUCCAACGACAGCCUAUUUCUGUCAAAGUAAACUUGAUGUGUGGGCUAACACUGCAGGACAGGCCAAGGAAGCUCUGAGGGUUUGUAAGGAACAACUGACACCAUUCUUUGAUAGGACACACAAGGACAUAGUGUCACAGCUUACAGGUCAGAUAGUAUUUGAUGUAAUGGGACAGACCAGAAUCCAUGGAAACAAAGAUAUUACCAAGACAUUGUCAGAAGCUUUACUAGAGUUAGGAGAAAAUGAUUCUGUGAAUCCACUAGAAUUUUUGGGAAAGUUUCUGCUUAAUAAAGCUGGAGUGGAAGACUUGACAUUUACCUCAACACAACAAAGGGUGUCACAUGAUGACUAUGACCAAUCAGAUGAGGAGGAUGAGGAAGAUAGAGGCCCCACACCUGAUGAGGAGGUUGAGAAAAUUAAUGGUCAUGCUGAGAAGGAACAUAAAGAUGAUGAAGAGGACCCAGCUUUUGUAGAGGAUGGGGAGACCUUGAAACCACGUACAGAAUACAAGGAUUCUGUUGGGGAUGGAGAGACCAUGAGACCAUUUGAUUCUCCUGUAUCUGAAAAGGCACAGACAGAAAGAAGUGAGAAAGAUGUGCAGAGAAGACAGAGGAGAGAAAAGAAAAAGAAAAUGAUUAGACAAACAGAGAAUCUAAGAGUGACAUUUGGUAGUAUGACGAUGGCCCCAGGAAGAUAUCAAAGACUUACAUCUGAGAAGUACAGUGAAAACCCAGAGAAGAGAACACCUAUAGCUCUAGAGAUAACCUCCAGUGAAGUAGAAUACUACAGGAUAUUGAAGGGUAUUAAACAUAUCUAUGUCAGACCUCUCAAAAGUUCACUCAACUCUAACAGAGCUAUUGCCAGUUACCAGAAUGUACAGAUCAUUUUCACAGACUUAAUGAUGAUCUGUGAUGUUAGCAAAGAACUAGUGGAAAAUUUGAAGAACCGUACAGGCGACUGGGAUCCAAUGAAUUCCUGUCUAGGAGACAUCUUUGUUAAAUUUUGUACGCAUUUAAAACUGUAUACAAACUUUGUCAACAAUUACGAUGUGAUUUUACAAUGUAUAGAGAGAACAAAAGAAACCAUGCCAUCAUUUAGAGCUUUCCUUAAACAUAAUGAACGGAUCCCAGAACUUAAAAUGAUGACCCUUCAGGAACUGCUGCUGUUACCAGGGAGACGUAUACAGGAGUAUGUGACCUUGUUAAGCUGGUUUGAAUGUCACACACCCAAGAGUCACCAGGAUAGAGCUGAUCUUGCCAAUUCUAUACAGUACCUCAAAGUUCUCAACAAACAUAUACAAGAGAGUAAAACUAGAUUAGAAAGAGAUAGGAAAAUGAUACAGUUACAGAGAUCUAUACUGAAUACACCAAGUUUACUGGAGUCAAAUCGUUAUUUGUUGAAACAGUUAGAUGCUUCACACUAUAAGCCUCCUGUCAAGUCAUCAGUACCAGAACUUAAAGCCUUCCAACACCAGGAGAUGCUUGGUCUGUUCCUGUUCAAUGAUGCCUUGGUCAUCACAAGAAGAACUGAUCGCCACUACCCAUUCAGCCGUGCCAUUGAACAUACUUACAGAUUUGAAGUUAGUCUGUCUCUCAAUAGGAUAAAGAUUUCAGAGAUUCCGGAUAGUAAAUACAUGCAGAAUGGUUUUCUACUGGAAACUGCCAAGAGAGAAUGGUACUGUUCAGCUGAGUCAGAUGAGGAAAGAUACAAUUGGAUACAGUUGGUACAGCAAACAAUUAGAACAGCUAUUUAAUAGGACCACAGUAACUAAGCACAGAAUAUCAAUUGAGGAAAAUCGUUUACAAAGUGUGUGUAUUGGAACUUAAUUACAUUUGGAUUUUUUAAUUGAUAUUGGUAUUGUUGGUAUAAGAUCUGGUAAUUGAUUUUAUUGUAUGGUUAAUAUGAUGGUGUAGCUUUGAUUCCAAAAUUUGGUUAAGCACAUGUAGCCUAAAAUUCAGAAUGACAAUUUUAGCACGAAAUAAUGAAGAGAGAAAUUAAAAAGAUCUCCAAGAGUUUAAAUAAGUUAAGGUUAAUUAACCGCAGUUGAAACAAACUAAUGAUUUAUGAGGUAAUGUAAAUUACAAGCUAUUUUUGCUAAAUAUUAAAUUGUUUUGUGCUACAAUUGCCAUAAAAUUUAUUAUUGGCUACUAAGUUAAUUUCAGUAGUUGAUGAUCGUGAAGUUCCAAUAGAUGAAUUGUCCACCAACGCACGGUUUCUAGAGUAACCAUUAUUGAAUAACGGAAAGGAAUUGUUUUGAUAGAAUAACAACAUAUAGAUUUUAUAAUCAAAUUUUUCACAUACAGUAGAUAUGUAGCUAGUAUUAAUUGAUAAAUAGAAAGCGAGAGUUCGACUAUAUUUCUAUACCAUUUUUAAAUAAUUAGAUUUUGAUAUGAUAUUUAUUAAAGCUUUUUGUGAUAAAUAAAUGCAGAAAAUCAUGUUAUGUCAAUAGAGGUCAAGGUUAUGAUUAUAUUCAAGGUCAUUGAUAAAGCUUUUGAAGUAGUAACUGGAUAUGCUUCCCAGUUGUUAUUAUUUGUUGUUAAGUAUGCUAAAGGUUUGAAUGAAAGAAGAUAGAUAUAAUAUGUCAAACAUUCAAACAGAAUUUAAAUUUCAAAGUUGUAAUGAAUGGUACCAUUAGCACAUAUUGUUAUAAUUGGUUUUUAAAAGAUUAUUUGAAAGAUGAAAUUUAAAUUUCAAUGACUCAUAUAACUUGGUGUUUAUAACAACUGCAGCAUAUAAACAUUCUCUUCAAUUUUUCCAGACAGGGCUUUAAAGAGAAGAACCAAAGAGAUUGACGUCAUUAAGUGCGUAGCAAGGUUUUGAAUUUAACUCCCCUUAAAUUAAUGAGUUUAAAUAGCAUUGAAUGUGUUUUUGAGCCUCCUUUUCCCUUCAUACAAGUCUCGUUAAUGUCAGAAUUUGAAUAAUGUAAAUUUUACAAUUUGAAAUAGUACAUGUAUUGUUGAUUUUUGUCAAGUCAUUUCAUAAGAUAUGGCGGCAAAUUAAAAAAGAAAAGAAGAAAAGACCUUAUCUUGAUUUCAUUAAAAACCUUUUAGUUUGAAAUGUAAAUUUGAAAAUCAUAGAUUCAAGUGAUAAACUUUUAAAAAACAUUUUGACGAUGAUGAGUAUGACUAUGUAUGCUAGGAGUCAAAAAAUAUUUAUCAGGUUUUAAACUAGGUUAAUAAAAAAAUUCAAUAAAGUUUAGUCUUUUGCAACUUUAGCUAGAUUUUUAUGUCUGCGACAUUAUGUUUUCUGGUUUGUAGAUCAGUUUAUAUAUACCCCAUUGGUAUCAUGUGAAAAUGUUGGCUAAGGUGGUGUACUGUUUACAAUGAAGUUUUGGACACAUAAGCAUGAACUUUAUAUUUUUUUUAAAUACCGGGGUACCAAGAAGUCAGGGUUUUGAGUCUUUUGACCCAGAUUCUGUGGUUCACUAAACAUUUAUCAUUAAAAUAUGAAAAUGAGAGCAGGGAAUUUUUGCUCUGGACUCUUGAGAGAAAAUUAAUGAACAAAUGUCUUACGAUAGGUUAAAGUGCUGUAUGCAUAAUGAAAAUAUAUUGUGUAAUAAACUAAUGAUUUUUUAUUUUUUUUGUUAAGAUUUAUUUCUUUGUAUAUUAAUAUAUGCAGUGAUUUCUGUGAUAAUCAUUGAAAGAAAAUUUUGUUUUGGGUAUUUUAUUCAAUUUUAUAGUUUUAAUCAGUAAAUUAUUUGUUAUGUUUUACUUUUUCCCUCGUGAGUGCUUUCUUCCUGUUUUCUGACAUAAUACAAUUGUUAUUUCUUGUUUAAAAUGCUAGCAUAAUCAUUUGUAAUGUUCUGUUAUCAUGCUAGCAUAAUUUGGAUUUGCUUGAAUGAUUUUAGCAAUCAAUGUGUAUUGUAUCAUAAUUUAUUGGAUAUUUAUUUUCUUUGUUGAUUUUGUAUCUUUUAUCUUUGUUAAAUUGUUUUCUUUUCUAUCAAGUUAUUAUACAUAUUUUUAGAUAAAAAGAAUGAAUCAUUUUUAGGUUCAAAACUGAUAUUCACAGUUCAUUUUUACUAAGGCAAAUUGUUUUUGUAUCAAAACAAAUAAUGUGUGAAGGGUAUCAUGAAAAUAGAGCAGGUAUAAAGGACAUUUUUGUUAUUUUAAGAACUUAUGCUAUUUUUAAGGAUGCAAUGGUGCUUAAGUUAAGAAAAAAAAGGUUUUUAGAUUACACUAAAAUAAAUUAAUAUAUGUCACUCUUUUCCAAACAUUCUUCAUGGACAUGCCAUCAUCCCAAAUAUGCAUGAAAUAUUUGCCACUGACUUCAAGCAAAGAUAAAAUGGCUAUUACAUCUAUGCUUUAAGCAACCAACAAUCAAUCUUGUCAUAUAAUCAAUAUCUCUUCCCUUACUUUU